CCUUUGUACGCCACGCUCUUGGAUCGCUGCUACGCCGCGCGAGACUCGUUCUUGCUGCUGCGCGCUCACGCGCGCAUUCUCACGAACGGGCUCGCCGAUCACGAUCUCCUGCGGACCAAGCUCUGCGCGGCCUACGCGCGCUGCGAUCGUCUCCAUGAGUCUCUUCUCUUGUUCUCCUUCGCCACUCGCCGGCCAACGUUUCUCUACAACUCACUCAUCCGUGCUCACGCGGAUCGCUCCCGGUUCGCCUUGGCGCUCUCCUUCUUCCAGUUCAUGCUCUCCGAUGGCGUUGCGGCAAAUGUUGCCUGCGUUGCUUCCACUCUUCGAUGCGUCGCCGGCGUCGCUUCCCUCCGCCUCGGCCGCCUUCUUCAUUCCCAUGCCGUUGUCUCGUCUCUCUUAUCUCAAGAUCCCUCCAUUCCCAACUCCCUCAUAGCAAUGUACUCCAGCUGUGGAGAUUUACCAUCUGCUCGCAAGGUGUUCGACGAUAUGCGUCAGCGAAAAAACUUGGUCUCAUAUACCUCAAUGAUCAGCGCACUUGGUACUCAUGGACAUUCCAAAGAAGCGUUCAGCUUGUUCGAGAAAAUCUUGGAGGAAGGUGAAAGGCCAGAUUCGAAGGCUAUCACAGCAGUGCUUGCGGCGUGCGCCCGUGAAGGACUGGUGGAGGAGGGGAGGCGAGUAUUCAAAAUGAUCAGGGCGCGAAGGUUUGGUGCAGUGAGCAUGGGAGUGGAGCAUUUUACAUGCAUGGUGGAUUUGCUUGGGACUGCGGGGUUGGUGGAGGAGACGGAGGUGUUGAUACAUGGGAUGGAUGGGAAGCCGGAUGAGGCGAUGCUCACGGCCUUGCUGAAGGCGUGCCAAACGCAUGGGAAAUUUGAUGCCACCGAGAGAGUGUGGGGUGUGCUGCUCAAGCAAUGCCGCAUGCGCGGGCGGCUGGACGUGGCCGAGAGAAUAGCGGAGCAAGUGUACGGGUCGGGGCGCUGAGAAAAGAGGUAUGGGGAUUCACAACAAAGUUUUCUCAACUUGUGUCUUCCUGGUUUGGUUUUGCUUUUGCCUCCCAGGAAGUAUUUGGGUGGCAGAGGCUUCCCAUGUGGUGUACCCAGAGCUCCAGUCUGUUUCUCCCUCCAUUGUUGACAGUCAAUAUAGGACUGGGUAUCACUUCCAACCCCCCAAGAAUUGGAUUAAUGAUCCAAAUGGGCCAAUGUACCACAAUGGCAUAUACCAUCUCUUCUACCAGUACAACACCAAUGGUUCAGUGUGGGGAAAUAUUGUGUGGGCUCACUCUGUUUCCUUCGACCUGAUCAACUGGAUACCACUGGAGCCGGCCAUCUACCCUUCAAAGAAAUUUGACAUGAAUGGCACCUGGUCCGGCUCGGCGACACUCCUCCCAGGAAACAAACCUGUCAUCUUCUACACUGGCAUUGAUCCUCAAGGCCGUCAGGUCCAAAACCUCGCCUUCCCAAAGGACCUUGCUGAUCCGUAUCUCCGAGAAUGGACCAAACCAGAUUACAACCCUGUCAUCCAACCAGAUGCCUCCAUUGAACCUAGCAAAUUUCGUGACCCGACAACGGCUUGGUUUGGCCUUGAUGGGCUCUGGAGGAUUGUCAUCGGCAGCAGGCGCAAGAUGAGAGGAAUGGCAAUGUUGUACAGGAGCAGAGACUUUGUUAGAUGGGUGAAGGCCAAGCACCCAUUGCACUCCUCCAAGGAUACCGGAAUGUGGGAAUGCCCGGACUUUUUCCCAGUGUCCUUGAAGGGUAAGAGAGGUCUUGAGACAUCUGUGAGUGGACCUGGAGUGAAGCAUGUGCUCAAAGUGAGCUUGGACAUGACAAGGUACGAGUAUUAUACAAUGGGGACAUAUUAUCAUAUGAUCGAUAGGUACAUUCCUGAUAACAGCUCGGCUGAUGAUCAUACUGGAUUGAGGUACGAUUAUGGGAACUUUUAUGCGUCCAAGACAUUCUUUGAUGAGGCAAAGCAGAGGAGGAUUUUGUGGGGUUGGUCAAAUGAAUCCGACACUGUCAAUGAUGAUAAAACUAAGGGUUGGGCUGGCAUUCAAACCAUUCCAAGGGCUCUUUGGCUGGAUCCUAGUGGUAAGCAACUUGUCCAAUGGCCAGUGGAGGAACUAGAAACCUUGAGAGGAAAACAAGUUAAUUUAUAUGACAAAGAACUCAAGUCUGGUGACAUAUAUGAAGUUAAAGGAAUAUCAUCCGCACAGGCAGAUGUGGAGGUUAGCUUUGAGAUUUCUGGGCUGGAUAAAGCAGAGCCCUUUGAAGAAUUCUGGUCUGAUCCACAAGUUCUUUGUGGUCAAAAGGGUGCGGCCGUGGAAGGUGGAGUUGGUCCAUUUGGGCUGCUGGUUCUGGCCUCUGGGGACAGGGAAGAGCAAACUGCUGUUCUUUUCAGAGUAUUCAAAGCUCCCAACAAGCAUGUGGUCCUUAUGUGUCAUGACCCUAGCAAAUCUUCUCUGAGACCAGGUGUGUACAAGCCAAACUUUGCAGGAUUUGUGGAUGUGGAUAUCAACAAGACCAAGAAAAUAUCACUCAGAUCUUUGAUUGAUCACUCUGUGGUAGAGAGCUUUGGAGCUGAAGGAAAAACAUGCAUCACAUCAAGGGUUUAUCCUAGUAAAGCAAUAGGACAAGAUGCACAUCUAUUUGUGUUUAAUAAUGGAUCGGAAGAUGUGCGAAUUACACAGUUGAGUGCAUGGGAGAUGACUACACCACGUAUGAAUUGAUUUUAGGAAGAUUCAUUACAUUGAUUAUUUAGAUUUGUGUUAUUUUUUCCACACAAUAAACCACGUCAGUCAACGAUG